ACCACCGUGUGGCAAUAUUUUAUAGGGCAGUGACAUCGGUUUUCUCAACACGCCAGGAGAAUGUUUCAGAAAAACUAAUAAACGGAAGUGUCCCUACGCCUCCACUGACUAAAGAUGGCGGAAGCUCCUCCAUGGCCCAGCCGGUUCUUCUGUCACAGAUGUUCAGCAGAGAUUAGUCCUCGGCUCCCUGACUACAUUUGUCCAAGAUGUGAGUCAGGCUUUAUCGAGGAGCUGCUGGAGGAGAGAAGUGCUGACAAUGGCUCCAUGUCUACCAUCUCCAGCGGCGACCAGAACCAGCAGCCAUUUGAGAAUGUGGACCAGCACAUGUUUACAUUCCCUUCGGGCUACGGCCAGUUCGCUCUGGGUGUCUUUGACGACAGUUUUGACUUUGGGGCUGGACUAGGAACAGAGGACAAUCGUGACGCUGAAAACCGGCGGGAAAGGGAAAUGGCAUCACGGCAGCGAUACGGUGCCAGGCAGCCCAGGGGUCGUCAUGGUUCCCGACGACAAGCAGGCAGGCAUGAGGGAGUGCCCACUUUAGAGGGAAUCAUUCAGCAGCUAGUGAAUGGAAUAAUUGCACCUACUGCGAUGCCAAAUAUUGGUGUUGGACCCUGGGGCGUUCUUCACUCAAAUCCUAUGGAUUAUGCAUGGGGUGCCAAUGGACUAGAUGCAAUUAUAACACAGUUAUUAAACCAGUUUGAGAACACAGGGCCACCGCCUGCCGAUAGGGAUAAAAUAAAGAGCCUUCCUACAGUACAAAUCACAGAGGAGCAUGUUGCCUCAGGUCUAGAAUGUCCAGUGUGUAAAGAAGAUUAUACCGCUGGAGAAAAUGUGAGGCAGCUUCCGUGCAAUCACAUGUUCCACAAUGACUGCAUAGUGCCCUGGUUGGAACAGCAUGAUACCUGUCCAGUAUGCAGGAAAAGCUUGAGUGGGCAGAACACAGCAAUGAACCCUCCAGAACUAUCAGGGAUGAACUUUACCUCCUCCUCUUCUUCCUCGUCUUCUUCCUCUUCCUCCACCCCUCAGUCGUCAAGCUCAACUAGCAAUGAGAACUCUACAGAUAACUCAUAAAAAAAAGAAAACAUUCCUCCAUCUCAACACAUGAGCUGUCUAUCACUCCUAGGCUACCAUACGUCAGAGUGGUGACCUCCAAUCUCUCCCUGCCAUAGGGCGGGGACCUGGGUGCACCCGUCCCCUCAUCAGGAGCACUCAAACCAGAUUCUGGAGUGAAGUGAUAUGUGCGAUACAUGUGUUUCUGCCCCUCCUGUUGCUCCCUCCGCCAUCAGGAAUCUGAACCAGGGGAAGGGUGGAGGCCUGGAGUGCGCCUCCUGUCAGAAAGGAUGUGGAGGAGGAUGGGAACCUCAAGAGGCUCUGUCUGCCUAAAUCACUUCAUACAGCAAGAGAAAACAAAGGAAUCCAAAGGUGGAAGACUUGUCACGACAAGCCAGUUGCUGUUUUUUAACCGCCAGAGUUGUAUGAUUUAUAAUGACACACUUUUGCCAGUGAAGGAGAGAAAAUAUGUAAAUUUAAUCCUUUUAUUAGUAGCAUCCAUAUCUGCACAGGUGAAAGGACUCUUCAAGUGCACUGUUCAAGCGCGCACUUGAGUGUCUCCAUGGUUUCGAUGGAUAUGAAUUUUUGAACCCUUUUGUUCUUGCAACAAUGUUACAAUAGCCUACAUAAUUAUUAUAUUAUAAAUAUUCAGUUCUUGUUUUCAGAUAACCUGACACUGCACAGGUUCCAUUGUUUAGACUUGAAAUUAAGAGACAAAAUUCAGUAAUUAUGUCCUAUGUGGAUAAUUACUAGGAUGUUCAUUACUGAAUUGCCAACAAAGGGAUUUUUCACUACACAGCAAAUGCUAAUCUAAAUCUCAGUCAGCUUUUUAAAUUGUUAUACAUGAUCAAGACAUGUUAGUGCAUUUGGCGUUUAACUUGAAGGCAAUUAAGGUCAUUUUAAAGGUAACAUUUUUUUUUUCCAAAGUUUGUCAGUAGAUAAAGCAUUGAUUUGCAGGCUUAUGUAAAAAACAACAACAACAACAUGAACAGAUUAAAAUAAAGACAUUUGGGUGCUACAACUUAAUAUUCAUGUAAGUGAUUUCUACUGUGUGCAAUUUUAUUUUUAAGAUCUUUUUUCUCAUGCCGAAAUGGAUUGACAGACUGAGCUCUUGAUUCAAGAAUGUGUGAUAACUGAAGAUAAAAUGUAGUUGAAAGCUUUUUUGAAAGUUUUGUGCUAAAACACAUUUUUAAAGUGUAUGUAAACAUUCACUGGAGCAAAGUAUAUCAGUUUUGAGUUAUUGCAGUUGCAGAAUGAAGGGUUGUAACAAAAUAUCCUUCUAAUAUUUUACUGCUUUUAUCCAUAUAAUAAUAAAAAAAGAAAUAAUUUGAUAAAAAAAAAAAAAAAUACACUCAGUGAAUAAUGUGACUAAGUUCAAAGGCCUCUGUUACUUUUUUUUUUUUUUUUUAACCUCACACCGAUUGCGUGGUGCUCUGGAUAGACACUAGAUGGGAGUGCAGUAAUGCAAAUGAGCGGGAACUUUUCUAUAACCUUGUUUGGUACAGCAUGUACACAGUCACAAAAGAAUCUUAAUUUUCUAGUCAUUCUUACAUCUAACCCAUGUUGUAAUGUUAAAUAAUAGAAAUGUUAAGAAGCCAAACCUUUUUUUUUAUUUUUUAAUGCCAAUUAAGUUAUGCUGUUUGCUGGGCUGUGUCUCUUAUAGUAAACCGUUUAUAGUUUCAGUGACCUUUGAUAACCUCAGAGAACGACCACCUGAAACUCAACCAGAGGCAAACACAAUAACAUCACUAGAAGUCACUGUUGGAAGUUGAUUCAAUGGAUAAUUUCUUUUUCUUGGGUGGGGGGAUUUCUCAUUGUUUUGCAUUUUCAAAGUAAGACCUGAUCAAAGGACAUACACAGCCUAAAUGAAAUUCUUCAAGAGUGUAUAACCCCCUAAAUGGCUUAUCAAUCAAGCAAUAAUCUGUUUCCUUUUAUUGUUUCGUUUUAUAGGAGUAUUUCCUUCACAUUGUACCGCUUUACUCCUCUGGGGUCAAUGUUCAAAGCUCUUAAUUCUGAAAGCAUUGUUGCUGUAGACGGCCCAUUCCUCUGGAUGGAGGACAGACGGAUACACUUGACUUUAAGCCUACAAGUUUGACUUCCAGUGGGAAAGUGGUGAUUGGUGUGCUUAUUGUCAAUAAGAAUUUAGUCAUCAUUUCAAGUAGUUAUGUUCCCUUUUAACUAUGUACAUUGUCUGCCAUGGAAUGUGGUUUGCAAGCAUGGCAUGUUCUUUUAGUAUUUAAUCAUCCAAGAGUCGGUGUUAUUUAGAAUUAACAUUUUGAACAGUCAUUUGAACUGCAUUGUGCAGUGCUGCAGUCUGAUUUCAGAGUGGAUUAAACUUUGAUCUUGUCAACAACCUACAUAAAAUACCUCACAACAAAGUGAAAACAUG